AUGACUCCUACCACCAUGGCGUACAAUAGCCACAUUUCCAGCCCUAUGCCUGGCUUUACAGCAGAGCAAACAGCCUCCCUACAAGUCAUGAUCAAAGCAGCAAUCAGUCAGGCUAUGACAGCCUUCGAGACCAGACAGGCAGACCUUCAAGCCAGACAUGGGCCUGAAUACCAGCAACAGUCAACUGCGGAGAAAACUGCGGAGAAACCUACGGAGAAAACUGCGGAGAAAACUGCGGAGAAAACUGCGGAGAAGACUACGGAGAACAAGAGCACGGGCAGCAGCAGCGACAAUGACAAUACGGGCACGCUCUCCACUAUUCCACACCAGGCUACUAUGCACUAUUGCGGAGAGUCUGCCAUUCGCCUCAGUAACGCUCCACUUCUCGCCUCUCUUCUCGCCUCUCUUCUCGCCUCUUUUCUCGCCUCUCAACUCGCCUCCCCGCUCGGCUAUAUUCGAUAUGCGAAGGAUAUGGAGGCUACAGGUCAAGGAUAG